AUGAAUCCACAGAUCUCAUUGAGAGCCCAUCGGGCCGCUCAAUCGCAAAGAGUUUCAAUCUGCCAGCUCUGCGAAUUCUCGUCCGCUCAACCCCGCCGCUCCUUUCCUGCCGGUCGAUUGACGACGACCCCCCGAAAGUCGGCUCCAGAACGUCCUCUCGUGUCGCCGACAACGCGCAUGAGCCUGCCGCAAAGGCUCACUUGUCAACCCGCUUCUCUGCGUUACAAGUCGCGUCAAGCAUCCUUCAUCGGCCAAAAUACUCUGAAGACUGAGACAGCGGCAGUGGAGGAAUCGAGAUCGGAGGAAACUCCGGACACGAAGAGCGAUGACGCGACCUCGGCAACAUCACCCCUCUCACUGCGGGAAAUCACUCUCAUGACACAAAGUUGCACGCAAACGGCAUCAGAACUCUUAGCACGCUCCGAAGUGCCUGACAACGAGGAGGUGGAGAAGAUUCUUUUACAUUUCAAAGAGGCGGCCCAAGCAAUCGCUCCCUACUGGGAUCUCCGUGAUGAGAACCCAUCCAGUGGUGAAGGCAACGCCCUCUCAUCCUUACUUGAAAUGCAAGAGACCGAUGGACUGGCCACGCAGAUGCACGACGUGGAAGAGACGCUCCGCCGCUUGGCCGACCAAAUAUCCCACACCAUGACGCAAAUCAUCAAAGAUGAAAAAGUAUUCAUUUCUCCAAAAGCACUAGAGCAUUACGUCCGCGCGCAGUGUACCUUGAACCGAGCCGAGCAUUUACCCGAAAUCUUCCAUCUCUACGCCAACAAGCCCAUUCCCGAAGAGAAAAGCAGCCCGCCUAAAUUCCACAAGGCGAAUCCCAAGGACGUGAACAGCGCGGUCUCCGAAGACCUGGCCAACCAAGCCAUCGACGUCGCGAUCAAACAGAAGAAUCUGCCUCUGGUGCUCGCGAUGAUCGACAAUACCUUUUGCGCACCUGCCUUCCACCGCGCCAAGGUCUUUCGAAAAGCGGCCGUCCCUCUGGCGGGACUGGCAGCGGCUCCAGCCGCCUGCUUCACGCUGGCCUCGUGGGCUUCAACUUUGCAAAAUACCAUGGACCCCAGCACGGCGACUGGGAUUGCCUUUGCCGCGUCGCUGGCUUACGUGGCUGGAACUUCUUCGAUUGGCAUCUUGGCCAUCACCACGGCCAAUGAUCAAAUGAAGCGGGUGACUUGGCUUCCGGGGAUUCCUUUGAGACAUCGAUGGCUUCGAGAAGAAGAGCGCGCCGCGCUGGAUAAAGUUGCGUGUGCUUGGGGCUUCCAGGAUCCGUAUAUGCAUGGCGAGGAGACGGGCGAGGAAUGGGAGAGUCUGCGGGAGUUUAUCGGUAUGCGAGGCAUGAUUCUGGAUAAGACGGAGUUGAUGGAAGGGAUGCAGUAG